AUCCCCAACUUGUCAAAACCCUAUCUCAAACAAAAACCCUCGCACUCUCUUCACUGUCAUCUCAAUCGCUCAAAAUGGCACAAACCCUAGCACGUGCCGCCACCUCCACCGUCACGCGCCACCUCGCUAUCUCCGUCCUCCUCCCGAAACGCCUGUUCUCAAACGCCUCCAUCACCCGUCCUCCUCCUGUCCCGUCGCUCCUCUUCUCCCGUCGCCCUCUUACUCCUCUUUCUCACGCCGUCCGAUCUCUACCUGUCGUUCCCACGCGCUUCACCUCCAUCCGAUGCCGCGUCAACCGGUCUGGAAACUCUGCUUAUUCCCCGCUGAAUUCGGGGUCAAACUUCAGUGACCGGCCACCUACCGAAAUGGCCCCGCUUUUUCCUGGGUGUGAUUAUGAGCAUUGGCUCAUUGUUAUGGACAAGCCCGGUGGAGAAGGAGCUACUAAGCAGGAAAUGAUUGAUUGCUAUAUUCAAACCCUUGCUAAAGUCGUUGGCAGUGAGGAAGAAGCUAAGAAGAAGAUCUACAACGUUUCCUGUGAGAGGUACUUUGGAUUUGGCUGCGAGAUUGAUGAGGAGACCUCAAAUAAACUAGAAGGAUUGCCUGGUGUUCUCUUUGUGCUCCCGGAUUCUUAUGUUGACCCCGAAAACAAGGACUAUGGGGCUGAAUUGUUUGUUAAUGGCGAGAUUGUUCAAAGGUCACCUGAAAGACAAAGGAGGGUGGAACCACAGCCCCAGAGAGCCCAAGACAGACCAAGGUACAACGACAGGACUCGAUAUGUGCGUCGCAGAGAGAACAUGCGGUGAAACAUUUGAUUACAAAAAAAAAAAAAAAAUGGAUGUAUAGAAAUCUUGGAAGCAGUGAGCCUUCUUAUGUGUUCGUGGACAUAUGGAAGCAUUAUUAUGGUUAUAUGGAUAUGGCUUUUGAUGUUUUCAUGUAGUUCUUUUUCUGAACUUGGAUGUUCUGUACUAAGGGUCUCGACCAAAAAUUGUUGUACGAACUAUGAUAAAGUCAUGCAUUGCUCUGUGUA